GAAGGGGGGUGGGGGAGGUUUACGUGGUGACGUUAAUUCUAUAUGAGCGCCAGCGGCGGGAGCUCGGGUCUUUUUACCGCCAGCCGCGCCGCGCCUCCUCCUCCUCCUCCUCCUCCUCGCUCCUGAGUCACCGCCAGCCCCGGCCCGCGCAGAAGGGAACACAAGCCUUUUUUCAAGUGGCUAUGGCAUAGUAAUAAUACAUCGGCAUCUUCCACAGUUUAUCUCUGAGCACAUUGCAGUUGUGUGUGUGUCCGUUUGUGUUUGAAGCCCUACAGCGACAAGCUUACAUUUCAUGUUCUAAUCCCUUUGAGGAAGGGUUUGAAAUCCAGGAGAAUGGCAGACAUAGACAACAAAGAACAGUCUGAACUUGAUCAACAAGAUAUGGAAGAUGUUGAAGAGGUAGAAGAAGAAGAAACUGGUGAAGAUGCCAACAGCAAAGCUCGGCAGCUGACUGUGCAGAUGAUGCAGAAUCCUCAGAUUCUUGCAGCCCUUCAGGAGAGACUUGAUGGUCUGGUAGGAACAUCUACAGGAUAUAUAGAAAGCUUGCCUAAAGUUGUUAAAAGACGUGUGAAUGCUCUCAAGAACCUUCAAGUUCAGUGUGCACAGAUAGAAGCAAAGUUCUAUGAGGAAGUUCAUGAGCUGGAAAGAAAGUAUGCUGCUCUCUAUCAGCCCUUAUUUGACAAGCGAAGUGAAAUCAUCAAUGCAAUUUAUGAACCUACAGAGGAAGAAUGUGAAUGGAAAGCAGAUGCUGAAGAAGAAAUUUCAGAGGAAAUGAAAGAGAAAGCCAAGCUCGAAGAAGAAAAAAAAGAUGAAGAAAAAGAAGACCCUAAAGGAAUUCCUGAGUUUUGGCUGACGGUAUUCAAGAAUGUGGACUUGCUCAGUGAUAUGGUUCAGGAACAUGAUGAACCUAUCCUGAAACACUUAAAAGAUAUAAAAGUGAAAUUUUCAGAAGUUGGACAGCCUAUGAGUUUCACAUUAGAAUUUCAUUUUGAACCAAAUGACUACUUCACAAAUGAAGUAUUGACAAAGACGUAUAGAAUGAGGUCAGAGCCAGAUGAUUCUGAUCCCUUCUCCUUUGAUGGACCAGAAAUCAUGGGUUGUACAGGUUGCCAAAUAGACUGGAAAAAAGGAAAGAAUGUUACUUUGAAAACCAUUAAGAAGAAGCAAAAGCAUAAGGGUCGUGGAACAGUUAGAACAGUGACAAAAACUGUUUCCAACGACUCAUUCUUCAACUUCUUCAGUCCUCCUGAAGUUCCUGAAAGCGGAGACCUGGACGAUGAUGCUGAGGCAAUCCUUGCUGCAGAUUUUGAAAUAGGUCACUUCUUGCGUGAACGUAUAGUCCCCCGAUCAGUAUUGUACUUUACAGGAGAAGCUAUUGAAGAUGAUGAUGAUGAUUAUGAUGAAGAAGGUGAAGAGGCAGAUGAUGAGGAGGGGGAAGAAGAAGCAGAUGAAGAAAAUGAUCCUGAUUAUGACCCCAAAAAGGAUCAAAACCCAGCAGAAUGCAAGCAGCAGUGAAGCAGUGUGUAUGUGGCCUUGAGGAUUACCUGCACUGUAAUAGCCUAAACACAACUAUUAGUUACUUACAGCCUUAUGUUUUGUAUCUCGGUAGAAUUAAGUAACCAAUUUGUUAAAAAAAGAAAUCAAACACAUAAGAACCAGUUUAAAAUGUAGGUUCAAUCUACCUAGCAUUUUAACAGUAUAAUUUUCUGCCAAUAUGUAGAAUGCAGUAAAUCCCCUAAAGCAUGAAUGUUAAUUCAUUGCUACAUAGUUUGGUUCUUGUGAAGUCUUUGUCAUGUAGCUAUUAGACUGCAGCUGUGAAGAUUAUCGGAACUGUUAACUGAGACCAAUAUUUGCUUAGAGGAAACUCUCCUGAAGAACCAACCAAAGUAUUUUUCAGCCCAGUAGUUUGAACGGGUUUAAGUCUGCUUGCACUAGCUGUGCCUUCAUUACUUUGUUAUAGAAAUGGCAGUGACUUGUACUAACUAGGAGAUGAUGAUGCAUUUUGAAUUUGACUACUUGAGAAGACUAGUAUAACUUGUUUAAUUUCCAACGAGACCACAUUAAACAUUCAUAACUGUCAGCUUGUUUAUGCUAUGGGUUUUGUAUUUUAUGUGACAUAGUGAUCUACAAAAGAAACCUAGUCAUCAUAUUAAGGUUAUUGUUUACCACUGGGGUGUGAAUAAAACCUAGUAUUUUCA